UACCAUGGCAACAAUUAUUUAUCAACUCAACUUAUUAUCAGGAAUAGAACGUUUUUGAGCUCGUAUUUUUUGCUUUAUAGUUUUUUUUGAUUUCUAAUCAUGAGUGAGAAUAAACAGCCAAGUCAAGAGCAGCAACCUGGCUUUUGUUCUGCAACGUGUGUCGAUCGGGCAAGCUUUCAACAGGAAAUCAAGAAACCCGAACCUAAGACCUCUGAUUUUCUUACUACUUGUAAUCUGCCGAAGAGAUUUGAGCAUCCUCAUUGGUUUAACGGGUAUGGAUGUCAGACCAACAAGCAGCAUCCAUUUUACAGAACCUCGGCAAGCGAGUAUGGGUGGUAUCCACCAGGUUACUAUUCGGUAUCAUCAGUGUUCUUCCCCGCGGGGCAAAAGUUCACGAACCAGCUCGCCGCCGCCGGGAUGUACCGCAACUACAGCCUCAACACCGGCAUGGACCCCGUCGGUUAUCGUUGACCUUACACCGUCUAAGGCCUCCUUUACACGAGAGCUUUUUUAACGUUCUUUAAAAAAGCCUCCAAAUAGAGUAAAUGUAUUUCCGUUCAUCUGUUCACACGUAAAAAAUCAUUAUCGUGUGAACAGAUACUUGGGAAUACAUUUGUUCUAAAUUUUCUCUCACAUAAAUGAGGCCUUACGUAACCAUGAUUUUUCUAUUAUAGUCAUUUAAAUUUUUUAACGUUUUAAUUAAUAAAUAAAAUUUUAAUUUCA